GAAAUUUUACACAUGAUUUACAUGAGAGUCCUGCAGAAGGUGUAUGGAAUCCGCCUGGAACAUUUCUACAUGAUGCCAGUCAACGCUGACAUAAUGUAUCCGCAGAUAUUUGACGGUUUUCUACCUGUUUGUAAUUUGUAUAUUCACAUGGAGCGCUUACUUCCAGUGUGCCGGAUUAAUGAUUUUCAAAUUGCUGAUGUUUUAAACCCAAAAACAAAGAGGACAGCUCGCUUCUUGAGUGGCAUUCUCAACUUUGUAAACUUCAGAGAAACGCGGCGUGAAGCCUACUUGAGGUUACAACUGAACUAUAAAUCAGCUAUGGAGAAACACCAACAACUAGAGACUGCAAAUCAUGAGGCAGCAUUGAAGCUGGAGAAACUGAACACCGUUCCAGUUGAACAUCAAGCAGAGGUCAAGCAACUGACAGAUAACAUUCGAGAACUGGAGCAACUGCUAAGGCAAGAUUAUCGUCGGAAGCAAACAGCUUUACAAGAAGUGAUUUCACAAAAGAAGUCAGGUAUUGCAGAGAGCACCCGAAAACUGAAUGAGCUUAAAGUGACAAUGGCUACUUUGAAAGAAGAACAAGAGGAGCUGAAAUCAAAAAUUGUGGAGAGUCCAGAGGAACUGAAAAAUUACAAAGAACUGAUGAAAGAGACUGUUAAGAAACUGAAGAAAUCCAAGCAAGAACUUAUUGAGAAAUAUGAAGGUUAUAGAGACCUAGUUGAGGUUCUGCCAUCAUGCCAACUAGAGGUGCAGUUAUAUCAAAAGAAAAUGGAAAGACAGGGAGCAAAUGUGGAGAGACUGGCCAGUGUAUUGUCAGAGGUGAGAAAUCUGGAGGACCAACUCGAGAGCGCUCAGAUUGAGCUGAAAAAGGGGAAGACGGAUGAAAUGCCCUUAAAGAGAUUGGUCACUGCAAAACAUGAGAAGCUGUCUACAGCUGAAAUCAGGAUAACAAAGAAGCGUGAAGAUGUUGAGCAAUAUAAGCACACUGUAUUUGAAUAUUGUAACAGAGUUCAGGAGAAGAGGGGUGCUGUAUAUGAUAAAGUGACAGCCAUUCACAAGGAAAUCCAACAAACAAGGUUCAAAAUUCAGCAGCUGAAUGAGGAUGCUGAAAAAGAAGGAAUGAAAACCAAGGAAAUAUACCUGAGUCUGAAGGCCGCGUUGGAGAAGCGUCAUGAAUCUCUCAUUGAGAUAGCAAAGAGUUAUGCAGCCGCAAGCGAAGAUAAAAUUGCUGAACUGAAGAAGGGACUGUUUAGAGUUCAGACUCCUGGAACUAGUUCUUAGACCUGUCUUCAUUUGUAUUCCACUUUCAUUAUGUUUGUCACCAUAUCUGAACUCAAGAGCUUGUGCUUUGUAUGGGAUGGAUAAUUAUUCCAGGCAAAAGCUAACUUUCUCAAAAACAAUCUCGGAACACAUUUAACUUUCUAGACAGAUCCUGAUGUC